CAGCAAACCACCCUGAAGGAGCAGCAGAGCCCAGCGUUGGCACUGUGGACUGACUUGGACGAGGACUACCGAGGAGACUACUGAGAGGUCAACCCCACCCAACCUCAGCAACUACUAGUAUGGCUACGGCGAGCACCUCAGGGCAGAGCACCUUCGGGCUCGGGAGGAAAAAGAAGAACCCCGGUCUCAUGGAUCAGAUUACCAAAUUCUUUGGAGGAGACAAAAAGAAGAGGAGCAAGGGGUCGUUUCGGGGUCACUUGGCCUCCUCACCCCAGCAAUCCUCCUCUCGCCGCCGGACCAAUGAAAAUGCUGUGAUGCAUUUCUUCAGGAGCAUUGUUUCCUCUCCUCGUCCUAAAUCCAGGUGGAGAGACGUCUUGGGUUUGAGUGACUCGCUUCUCCUGGAUGACUUUGAAACUGCUCAACUAUUUAUGAACCACAACCGGCCUCGUCGCCGCGUGCUGAGAGCACAAAGUCGCCGGUCAGAAGACGCAGAGAACAAAGCACACUGUCCAGGAUCUUCAACCUGUGAUGCUCUCAGCAGAGAUCAGGAGACACCAAGUCCCGUACACCCCCUAAACGCUGGAGCACCAUCUUCUAAGCUCGCCGCCGAGGACCAAACCACAGAUCCAACGCCGAUGGGACCAGACGGAGGAGGGGAAACAGAUCUGCAUGCGGCGGACUCACAACCUCAAGAAAUGUUAACACACUAACACAAGCCUUCUGUAUGUUAAGACAUCAAGUAUAAAAACCACUCUCCAGGGACGUUAAUGUUAACUGUGCCUGUUUUUGUUAUAAUCCUACUUCUACGGAUAUCCUGUCUAGCUGUUUAUAAGAGGUUCGGUCAUGCUUUUAGUAAAACAUCUCACUGUAAAAAUCACCCAUUCGAGUAUGUUGGUCUGACGGUGCUAGUGUCUGCUGUCUGAGGUUUGUUUAUGGCAGAUGUUUGUUUUUCUAUUCGUCCCCUGUUGUCUGCAUUUUGUACAUGAGUGACGCUUUGCGUAUUUCGCUGCUUUCUAAAACAAAACAUGUGAAUCCUGUGUCAAACAUUGUUUCUGUUUCAUGAGAUCCAGAUGGAGAGUGGUCCUGUUUGUGGCUGAGUGAAAAUGUAUGUUGCAAAGCAUUUGAAAACUGGAAACCUGCAGUUUAUGAGUAGUACGGACUUUUAUUGUUGUUUUUUAUGUAACACUUUUUGUUUCAGUGUAACUAAUAAACAUGUACAGUAUGUCAUUGCAAAAAAGUAAAAAUGCCCUUUUCAAAUGCACUGUUACAAAACUAAAGAAUGUCCUAAAAACAACUGGUCUGCUCUCUUUGCUACGCAGCAUUUAUUAUGUUAUCUGUUUGCAGCUUCAAUUAAGUUUGAACUUUUAAUGUGUUUAAGUUAAAAGAUGAUAGACAACUGUUUGUUUUUAUCUGAUGGUCAGUUCGUAAGUGGCUCAAAGGUUAAAGGCAGAAGCAGCCGAGAUGGUUUGAGGAGUAACGAAGGACAGUAUGUUGAUUUCAAAUGUUCUGAGGCAUCAUUUGUAGAUUUCAUUUUGUUCAUAAUAAAUGACAUUUGCCACUUUCAUUUGUACAUGUCAAAAGAACUGUAAAGGUGUUUGUUUUUUUUCUUUGCUGACUUGGUGGUGCUACGGGAGUCCAGGAGUGUUAUGUGUCCUGUUAAUGUAAAGCUCUGUUUUAAUGUUCAGCCUAAUAAACAUGUCUUCCCUCAGUUA